AAAAGAAUCUUGGCUAAGUGACGAUGUUACAUGAAUAAUGUAAUUUGUGGAAAUAAAUGAAUGUAAAUAUUUGAGAUAAUUUAUUUGGAUGAAAACAUAUUAUGCAGUUCAAAAUGCCAACACAGAAAUUAUUUUCCAGCAAUUACAACCAACUCAACAAGACCGCCUGAAAAUUUAUUCUACGAUUGUAAUUUCAUUAACGAAAUCUGAAAUUCUUGUCGAACAGUUUGAUUAUUGAUCACUUUCAACUGCUCGUAAAAUUCCAAAUCAAAUCACCACUUUUCAUUUGAAACGUUCUCACCAUAUCAUUUAUUGAAGAUUGCAAAUCCAGUAAUGCAUGUACAACCUCAGUUAUGUCAGAAAUUUAAUCUCAUAUACUUUCUUUUGCUCAGGUUUCGCGGCACUAUCAAAAUCAUGGAAAUGAAUAUUUGCAUUGCCUUCCUUAAUCGUCCAACACCAGAAAAUUCAUCUAGAACAAAUAUAUCUCCUAACCUAAAAUUCGAGUGAAAAUUGGUAAAUAGUUUCUCAACUGAAUCACAGUGAUAUAAAUACUCACUCAAUUUUUUCAAUACCUAUUUUUCUAGUCAGACCUCCAAAAAAUUAGUUCAUUGUUCAAUUGGUAACCGAAUAUGUAAUGAAAAUAUCUAACCCAAACAAGUUGAACUCUAUUUAUUACUCACUUUCUAGGUUAGUGAUUUUUGGAUUCGCCAAUAUCGCGAAUAAAACUAUAAUAAAAUCUUUCAAUGAUAUGCAGGCAGUAGAACAAUGAAAACUCGAUCAGCGACAUGUCUUUUCAAUAAGGAAUAUAAUAUGUUUUCAAUUAUUUCGAAACAGAAUUCGAAAAAUUUGAGAUUUUCAAACAUUUCUUUCAUGUCCAAUCACUAUGUGAUAAGCUGUAAUUUGUUUGAAGCAAAAAGCAAAUGUGAAUAACUUGACGCUUCUAUCGUUGGUUGGUCCAAACCGGAGCUGACCCUGGAUAAACAGACACAAAAAUUUCAAAAAGAGUUAACUCCGUUUGACUAACGUGCAAAUACCAAAAAAAUCUCAAGAAAGAAUCUAUAUAUUAGAAAAUUAUGGACAGGCACACCAGUUUCACUAAUUAGCAUAGAUUUCGUUUCAUUCAAAAAAUGUAGUCAUUUUUCUAUAGGUUGAUGAUCCAGCAGAAGAGAUUAAUCGGCAAUGUUUCGGAAGUGGUGAAAGUAUAUAAGUAGUCUAGUUUUAGGGCAGGUUAAACCAAAAAACUGAAUUACGUGAUUUCCACUAACAUGAGCACACACUACUCAUGUUUUGCUAUCACAGUAUCAGGUUUUUCACUAAAUUAUGUAUGUAAUUCUGUUUUUAGUUUAAUUAUUGAUUUUCAUCAAGCGUCGACCAAAUCAAUUCAUUAUUUAUGGCAGGUUAAUUGAAAUAAUAUUUCAAUUAAGUUAAAAUUCAAACUUUUUAAAUUUCAAGCUUUUAUUGCUGUUAUUAUUAAUUAUAUUGUUGUGUUUAGCAAUGGUUGAUGUAUUUCUAUAUUGUUCUCUGCUUCUGAAAGCUAUAAAAAUCAUGUUGAGAUCGAUAUUGUUUUUACAGAGGUGAAUACUUGAACUCGAGAGUUGAAAAACCAUGGAAAAAAUAUAAUAAACAUGCUAACAAAAACAAGAGAGCAGAACUGAGGAGAGUAUAUUCACACUUGGAUGAACAUUGAUUAGUAUUUUGUAUAUAAUAUAUGAUUAAAAACCAAACCCAAUUAUUAUACACAUGGAUUUGUGUGGCCCUAUGGAAGAAAGUUCAUUUAACAAUUCUCAUUACAUAUUUUUAUUAAAGGAUGACUUUAGUAAUUAUAGUCCGGAGUCCGACGACGGGCUUUCACAGGCCAAAAUCGACUUCCUCUACCAGGAGGCAACUUCGCAUUUCCGGAUGGAAUGUGAAAAUGGGAUGAACAAUGUUCGCCUCAGGGUUCGGGGAGGGAAGCGCUAUGUGUACGCCAGAACCAAUGAAUGUAUAUAAAAAAAAUCCAGGCGAGUUGACUAAGCUUGUUCGCCAAGGAGUAGAGUGGAUAGAGGGUUCUCACUCUCACCCGUGGAAAAAUAUAAUAAACAUGCUAACAAAAACAAGGCAGAAAAACUGAGGAGGGUAUAUUUACACUUGGAACCCAUUUAUUUAUAUGUAUAAUACACAUGGUCGCGUCUCCUGGCGCUAUAUACCCGGCCAAAGUCUCCCUGGCUUCAAGGCGGUAGUCUUGCAACUGCAACGGUAUUAACUAUUAACAUCAUUUAAUGAUCGGAAACAGAAAGACAGUUCUGACGGCGUAAUCCUUUUUCUGUCUCGUCUAGGGAAUAACUACGGAUGCACCUACGGCGACGGGGCCACGGGCUAUCAACCUGGAGUAGGCAGUACCGCUGUGUCGUGUACGAGAACGGUCAACCCGAUGAGUGAACAGCAAAUAUUCUUUGAACACUUUACUUAUACUUGUUACGUUACCAUCUGCGGGUGCUGCGAGUCCGUCGUGCACCUCGGACAUGCUCGGAGGGCGAGUUCCUCGCUCGUCGGUAUCCGGAGCGGCCAAGGAGUAUCUCCCCUAUCUCCGAGUCAACUGCAUGUCUCCAGGGUGUCCCACAGGCCACAACGGUUGCAGCUUCGGACGGAGGGUUUUCCAGCAAGCCCUGUCGGUCCAUGAAGGCCGCAACGCCAACACGCCCCAGAUACGGUGGUGUGCAAGUCAGACAUCUGAAACUUAUUUUUUCAACAUGUUCAUUAUUUAUUACCGGACGGCGGUCUUGAUUGGAGAAGAAGCUAAGAAAGACGAACCGUAUCACCCGGAACAGAGACUCGGAAGGGAAGUGACGGGGUCAUAAAUAGCGGGUGAGAUUACUUUCACAAUGGUGUACGGACCAGAGAAUUUCGGAGCCAAUUUGGCUGCAAAGCUAUUAACGGCGGAUGACAACGGAUUAGCACGGCGUAGAACUUUGUCACCGACAUGAAAACGAACGUCCUUCCGACGGAGGUUGUAAAUGUCAGCCUCUCAAAGUGUCAGCUGCUCAAAGGCACGUA